GCCCUAAAAUGCACAAACACUGGAGCAGACGGAUCUCACCAGCUAUAUAACGUCAAUACUGACCCCAUCUGACACCGUAUGAUGCUCUAUCAUUGCUGCACCUCAACUGCCUCCAAUAAUCUGCCUGUAGCAACAGUUGUUAUUAUUCCUGGCUUUUGAAACAUGGAGCUUUUCCCUAGAAUAACUAAAGGCAACCCUGUUUUAGUUCUGUCGCGUCUACAGCUGUGUGACCUGAACCUGGAUCAUGUUGGAGAAGAACAGAAGAGGCAAAUUCAGCAGCUUUACCUCACUUACAACAGCUUCUCGCUUUUCCCCACCUCCAUCUGCCUACUCUCCAACCUGGAGCACCUGGAUCUGAGCAACAACUACCUCACAGCUAUGCCUGAGGACAUUACACGGUUAGCAAACCUAAAAACUCUGGUGGCCAAGAAUAAUCAUUUUGAUGAGACGUCCUUCCCCAAGCACUUUGGCACCAUGCACAUUGAAAGCCUGAACCUGAGUGGGAACCGAUUCCGUGAGAUUCCGAGGCAGUUCCUGAAGCUCAGCAGGCUGUUGUCAUUGUCUCUCGGUGGAAACAGGUUAAAGAGCAUCCCUGCAGAGAUAGAAAACCUGAAUAGGCUGGAGAUGCUGUAUCUGGGUGGGAACAUGAUCUCUUCCAUCCCUCCUGAACUGGCCAACCUGCGGUGCCUCAGAUACCUGGUACUGUGUGAUAACUGCGUCCAGAGCAUUCCUCCACAGCUCAGCAGACUUCACUCCUUGCUGUCUCUCAGUCUCCACAACAACCUCCUGACAUUCCUCCCUCGGGAGAUCCUCAGCCUGGUCCACCUGCAGGAGCUUAGUCUCCGUGGCAACCCGCUGGUGGUACGCUUCAUCAAGGACAUGACUUAUGAUCCUCCAUCCCUGCUUGAGUUGGCUGGUCGGACUAUCAAAUCCCGGAACCUUCCUUACCUGCCAAGUGACCUGCCGGCCAACCUGUGCCACUACCUUGAUAUGGCCAGCAAGUGUCCUAACCCCAAAUGCGCUGAAUGCAGCUCUCCCUGCAGCUCCAAUCCACAAAGUGACACUGAGUCGGAAGAAGAGAGCAGUGUUCCUGCCGACAGGCUGCAGAGGGUGCUUUUGGGAUAGCCUGGUCUUCCAAUUGCACGAAGUCUUCAUGCUAUGUCUUGCCCCAUUACGCAGAUCUCUCAGCAGUCUUUUAGUCUUUUUGGAGGAAAAAUGGUCCUGAACCCACAUGAAAUGGGAACAUGUUUACCAGUGUUCUGAAAUGAGACAGGGCUGGUCCACUCUGUGAGUUAAGAAUGCCUUUAGUUAGCAAGUUAAACUAGGUCUGGAAAAAUCUAGUGACAUUUCAUUUGGCUAGCAAUUAACUAGUUACCUAGCUAGUCAGCUAAAACUUCACUGGAAAUAAACAGCUUAUGUUAUUAUUCAUUACCUAGCCAAUAAUGUAGUUAGCUAGCGAAUUUAACUAGCUAGUUGACUAAGAGUCACCUACUACCUUUAAAAUAAGAAGUGCUAUAUGAUAAUUCACACAAUUCAAAGGCAAGUUUUAGGCACUGUGGACACGUAUAUUCAGACAGAGGCUUACUCUAGAAUUAUACAAGGUGUUUCUACUGUAAGUGAAAAGGAACCUUGAGUGGUUACUCUUUAACUGAGCCCUUCUGUUCACAUUUUGGCUGCUCACAAAACUCUGUACAAGGGUCGUAGACAUUGUUGACUCAAACUGUGUACUCGUGAUAUAGUUAUUUAAAAAGAGCACAAACCCUGAAGUGCCAAUGACAAACUGCUGAAACAACAUCUUGGAUAUCCCUGUAUUGCCUCUGAGGUAGCUACAGUGUUUUAGUGUGGACAUUAUUACUGGAAGUGGCUUUUCUCUGCCAUAGUUAAACAGCCAUGCAAGCUUAAUGGACUCUGACUAUGACUAUGACUGUUAUUGAGAGUCUCUCGAUCUUAUACUCUUUUUUGAAAUAUGUAACAAAAUCACCCUGAUCUGUCAGGUAUAACGUUACGAAGACCUCUGCUUACAUCUGAUUUACAUACUGUUCUGACAGAUUUCGGCCUGCACAAGUUUUAUUGACAAGACUGAAUGCACAAUAAUAGCUUUUCAUCAUUUGCCCCAUGGCCUAGUAAUAUCAUAUAAAAGUGGUAAUAAAGCGGAGAUCCAGCACUUUAUGACAUAGGAUAUUAGUUUUAGCGUAAUUGUGCUCUAUGUUCUAAAAAGUUAUUGGUUUGCUAGGUUGCCUUGUCUCUUGCCAGGAUCUGUGAGUUUGUGGUGUCAUAUAAAUGAAUCAGACCAUCAGGUCACCUUGUCUCUUGCCAGGAUCUGUGAGUUUGUGGUAUCAUAUAAAUGAAUCAGACCAUCAGGUCACCUUGUCUCUUGACAGGAUCUGUGAGUUUGUGGUGUUAUGUAAAUGAAUCAGACCAUCAGGACACGUCAUUUGUUGUCAGACUUUAUCAUAUGGUGUAAUUAGCUUGUAUAGUUUUAGGGCCAGAUAUAACACUGAUUGUUGUAAAGCUUUGUGUCAAAGAGUUGAAAGCUAAUAUUUGACAGCCUAUGUGGAGCAUGUUGGCACUGUAUCUCAGCAUUACUCAGCAAAAAGGUGAAGAACCUUCACUUGCAGGAGUGAGACAUUUGCCAACUUCAUAUUAAUAAAGAGAACUGCAAAGAAAUACCACCUUGACAUUUUGUACACAGUACAAUGCCUUGCAAUUGCAUUAUAAUGCAUUGCUCCUCAUGAAUUUACUGUUCACAUGAUUAUGUCUUAAUAAAACAAUUUUUCAGUA